AUGGCUAUCGAAACAUUCAAGUUCCUCACACCCGAGCAGAUUGAGCACUUCAUGACCUACGGCUGGGUAUCCAUCCCUUCAGCCUUCACCAGAGAACAAGCCCAAGCAUGGACAAAAGAUCUCUGGGCUCGCCUGGGCUACGAUGAAAACGACCCCUUAACCUGGGUCCUAGAGAAGGUCAACAUGCCUGUGCUCAACACCAUCGACGUUCGCGACUUCGCCCCCAAAGCAUGGGGCGCCAUCUACAAACUUUCCGGCGGCGAAGAGCGCGUCGCCGAAAUCUCCCGUCUCUGGGGCGACAACUUUAUCGUCAACUGUGGCAGCGCCAAGCUCAAAGGAAGAAUUGUCGGUCCUCGAGAUCUUGACAACUGGCACGUCAACGGGGACAGUUUCAUUCAUCUAGAUUCGCCCAACCAAGGCUUAUGA